AAUUUUCAGAGUGUGGUUUCAAUUUUAAUUAUGAAGAACCUUUCUCCUUUUGUUUGCAGACUGUCUUUCUUAUAAAAAUGUUUUUAGGGAUCCUUCUCAGUCUCUCACUGAGUUUAUGGUUCUGUGAUGCUAAAUCAAUGGGAGCUAUGUAUGUAAUACAAGAAACAGAAGCACCAUGUAUUAAUAUCAGUGAUACCAAAAGCAACCAUGCGCUUGAAAAACUUCUCGACAGAAUUAAAUACGUUGCUCGAAGCUGCAAAGAAAUUCUUGACAAAUAUCAUGUUUAUGAGGAUGGCCUGUACUAUCUGAUCUCAUCAAGAGGGGUCCUUUACCAGACGUUCUGUGAUAUGACCACUGCGGGCGGCGGCUGGACGCUGGUGGCCAGUGUUCAUGAAAACAACAUGUAUGGAAAGUGUACUGUUGGUGACCGCUGGUCUAGUGAGCAGGGCAGCAACGCAAACCGGCCUGAUGGUGAAGGGACAUGGGCGAACAGAGUCACAUUUGGAACCGCAGAGGCUGCUACAAGUGAUGAUUAUAAGAAUCCUGGAUACUUUGACAUUGCGGCACAGGAUGUGUCUGUGUGGCAUGUUCCUAAUAAUAUGGCGUUUGAACACUGGACCACUGCCUCCAUCCUGAGAUACCACACUGAAAAUCGCUUCUUAACUCUAUAUGGAGGAAACCUUUUCAAUUUAUUUAAGAAAUUUCCUGUGAGGUUUGGAGUCGGGACAUGCAACAUUGAUAAUGGACCUGCUAUUCCAAUAGUGUAUGAUACUGGAAGUAAGGAUUCUACCAAAAAACUGUAUGGACCUAAUUCAAGAGCAAUAUUUGAUCCUGGAUUCAUCACAUUCAGAGUCUUCAAUACUGAAAAGGCAGCCAUGGCUCUUUGUUCGGGCGUUAAACCAACCGGCUGUCAGACUGAACAUUUCUGUAUUGGUGGAGGUGGACACUUUCCUGAAGGGGUCCCUAGACAGUGUGGAGACUUUACAGGUCUCGACUGGGAUGGCUAUGGUACUCUUAGAGAAUGGAGUGCUUCCAGAGAGAUAACUGAAGCAGCUGUACUUCUUUUUUAUCGCUGACACUCUAAAACUAAAACGACCUGCUUCUUUUUCUUCUCUUUUGAGAUAUAUCACAUUUAUUAACAUCUGAUUGUUAUAUGCACAAUUCUUUUUUUAAAGAUAUAUUAUAUUGGUCUGUGAUCUAAUAAUAAGUUACAUUUGUUCUGUUGAAACUUUAGGUAAACGUGUUUAUGUGUUUGUAACUAAUAAUAAUAAUAAAAAAAAAUGUCAUUAAUGAGCAGCUUCUGCUAGUUUUAAAAUCCAUAUCCAGUACUGUAUA